GCACAAUUCGACGUAAAAAUUCGUUCGGCGUGAGAGAGUCUUCCCUUGGCGCACUCGGUUCAAGCAUUUCGACGCCAUGGCCUUGGAAGAAUUCGACAAGGUUGAGCAGGAGCUCAGCCAGGGUUGGGUACGGACAGCGAAGGACUUGUUCGCUGGGGCUUCAGGCGGUAUAACACAGGUGUUACUGGGUCAACCUUUCGAUAUUGUCAAGGUGCGACUACAGACAACCUCUCAAUAUUCUAGCGCCCUAGACUGCGCAAAGCAGAUUUUCAAGAAUGAAGGUCCUCUAGCUUUUUACAAGGGUACUUUGACGCCUUUGAUUGGAAUCGGAGCUUGUGUGAGCGUGCAAUUUGGUGCUUUCCAUCAAGCAAGAAGAUACUUUGAAGAGGAGAACUUGAAAAAGUCUCCUCUCAGCCCCGGUCUUUCGUAUACACAAUACUACUUGGCGGGUGCCUUUGCUGGUGUCACUAACUCAGUUAUUUCUGGCCCUAUUGAGCAUGUCCGUAUCCGACUACAGGCCCAACCUCACGGUGCUGGACGGCUAUAUAACGGUCCCAUGGACUGCGUGCGCAAACUCUCUGCGCACAACGGUGUCCUGCGUGGUCUCUACCGCGGCGAAGUCGUGACCAUUCUCCGUGAAGCGCAAGCCUAUGGAAUGUGGUUCUUGGCCUUUGAGUAUCUUAUGAACCAAGACGCCAAACGCAAUAACAUUAAACGAGAGGAUAUCUCUAGUCUCAAAGUUGCCACAUACGGUGGUCUUGCCGGUGAAGCACUGUGGAUAUUCAGCUAUCCCUUUGACGUCGUCAAGAGUAAGAUGCAGACUGAUGGUUUUGGUACUGAGCAAAAGUACAAGAGUAUGACGGAUUGUUUCAAGAAGACGUUGGCAGCUGAAGGGUAUGCGGGUUUCUGGAAGGGUCUUGGGCCUACUUUACUCAGGGCCAUGCCUGUUUCUGCUGGUACAUUUGCUACCGUCGAAUUGGUUAUGAGGGCUAUGGGUUAGAAUAUGACUAUGCAAUGAACUUAAAAGACAUAUAGAACGCCGCUUGAUUCACGCAGUAACUUACCAAUAAUUCCUCUCAAGCAGAGUUUCUGAGUCCAUGGAUUGGAAUAGUCCUUUAGUAUGCCAGCCAAAUGUUUCAACCAUCAUCUGAUACAGGAACCUUGGAACUC